CCACUCUCCCCCAGCCGCACAGCUUCAUGACUACUACAAGUAAAAUUAAAUGGGUCCAGUAACUGGAAUGACUCCAGAUAAGAAAGCUGAAGCACCUGGAGCAGAAAAGGCUGCAGGAUUAAGACAGAUUUACAGAAUGGGAAGCUUGCCUGAAGCAGUUGAUGCUGCUAGGCCGAAGGCCACGUUAGUGGACAGCGAAUCAGCAGAUGAUGAGCUCACAAAUUUGAACUGGCUUCAUGAAAGUACUAAUCUUCUAACAUACUUCAGUCUUGGAAGUGAGGGUCUUCCAAUUGUUAGUCCUAUAUAUGACAUUGAGGGUGAUAACGUGCCAUCUUUCUCACCAUCCUGCUACCAGAAUCUGGAAAAAAAAUCAGCCACUUCCAAACCUCCUUAUUCCUUUAGCCUUCUCAUUUACAUGGCUAUUGAACAGUCUCCUAAUAAAAGUUUGCCAGUCAAAGAAAUCUACAGCUGGAUUCUGGAACGCUUCCCAUACUUUGCCACAGCACCAACAGGGUGGAAGAACUCUGUUCGACACAAUCUUUCCUUGAAUAAAUGUUUCCGAAAGGUGGAGAGAAGCCAUGGCAAGGUGAGAUGUAUGGAAAAAAUGUUUUUAACAAAUAUAAAGUGUAUUGGGAAAUGA